AUGGUGGUGCAAAAGAGCACUCUUAUUACAACUCAGGGCAAGAGGAGAUGGAAGCGAAAAGGAGACUAUAAAAGCAUGGUUGGUGGAUUGAAUUUGUCGACGUUCCACCAAUUGUUCUUUCUCUCUCUCUCUUUUGGGUUCAUCAUGACGGUCACUCAAAGCGAUUUCCCUAUCGGCUACUUUUACAUUAUCUCCAAGAUGCAUGGCUUGGUUAUGGAUAUCCGUGGUGAUGUUGAAACAGCUGCUCCCGGCACCAAGAUUGUCAUGGCUGAAAAGAAGCCCGAGUCCCCCGAACGUGAUAGCCAACUAUGGAUCCAUCAAAGAGGUUUUCUUACCAACAAGGCUACGGGUCUCGUCCUUGAUAUCAACACAGCUCAAAGUUUUAUUGCCAUCUUCACUGGUGAAAAGCGUCUUUAUCUCGAUACAAUGAAAGAGGAAGAUGUGGCAAGCGACCAGCGGUUUGGUUAUGAAAGGGACACGGGUUUCAUCUACUCACUUGCCAACCCUGAGACAGUGAUUGAUAUCCGACAUGAGAAUCCAAAUGUGGAUGCUCGUCUCAUGAUGUAUAAGCGUAAGCUUCUUGUACCUGCAGAAGGCAAACCUGGACCUACCAAGAACCAAUUAUGGGAAUUGGAGUUGAGCGAUCCUCCACGUGAAGUCGACUCUGAUGAUGAAGAUGAAGAUGACAGCAAGCGUGCUCGUUUCCGUGCUUGGUUUGGAAAUUGGACUGGAUGGAGCCACAACAAGCGAGAGAUGCUGAACGAGGAACAUCUUACAGAAGCCCACAAGAAGGUGUACGAAGAUGAAGAAAAGAAGAAGAAAUCUACUCUCAGCUAUGAAUUGAUUGCUGGAGCUGUUGCCUUCCAGGCUGUGCGUAUGUGGGAAAAGAAGCAAGAAGAAGAAGGUAAGGACACCGAUCACAAGAUGUCCAAGGAGUUGAUUGCCAGCUUUGCUGCUUCUGAGCUUGUUAAAUUGCUUGCUUCGCGAGGUGAAGAUGCCGAUGAUGAGGAAGGCAAGUCUAGCGCCAAGAAGCGUAUCCUUACCAAGAUGGCCAUUGUGGCUGCCACCAACUACUUUGAGACUCGCCAUGGUUCUUAA